AAGGCCACGAUCGAUCACACGAAUCAUCAUCAUCAUCAUCAGAAGCAGUAAUUAAAUUUGAUUUUUUUGAUUAGAAAAUAAAAAAAAGAGAAGAGAGAUAUGACUGAUGGUAAACCCGACGAGCAGCUCUUUCAGCUUCUAUCGGGUCUUUUUGAUUUUGUGGAAUCAUUGACAAAUACAGAAGAGGUUGAGCUACGUUCUAAGAUUGAAGCUCUUGGUUUAGAAGUCACCAAAGUGCCUUCAAAAUCUGCUCAACACCUCAAUGAGGUGGAGAUUGCUAAGGAAUUAAACAAGUUAUCAGCAAAGUUGGAUGAUGUAGAUGAGAUGAUUUCAUCUGCUAUAGCUUCUGAUCCACAAGUUCAGACGCUGCUCAGCGGCACAGCAGAUGUUUGGAUGCCGGUUAUUACUGCCGGGGCCGAGGAGAGGCUUAACUUCACAGCCUCUCUUGCUGAUGAUGAUGAGCUUUCUAAGAAGGAUACUACCAACAAUACCAGCUCUUAAUCCCAUUUGCUUUUGAUGAGCUCAUGUCGCAGUUUUCACUUUUGCAGUCUUGUUUCUUUUAUGUAUAUCAAAACUAAGAAAAGCUUAAAUUCAUGAGUGGUAUUGAUGUUGGAUGUUUAUGCAAAUUGAAUACAACUGUUUAUUCAUUA